AUGCUGAUGCCCACUUACUUCCUGCUGCUCCUCCUGCUGCUCCUGGGGUCCCCAGGGACAAGCCUCUCCCGCAAGUUCUACAACACUGGACCAGUCUUCAGCUGCCUCAACAUGGCCCUGUCUGAGGUCAAGAAGAGCAAGCUGGAGGAUGUGCCCUUGCUGAGCAAGAACAGCUUCCACCACCUGCCCCCACAAGACUCUUUGGGAGAAGAAGAGGAGGAACAAAAGCAUGGCAAGAGCAAAAGAACUUUCUCCGGCCCAGCGGGUGGGAGUGGAACUGGAAGCCUCCGGUACAGAUACCAGUCUCAAGCACAGCACAAGGGGAAGCUGUACCAGGACAAGGUCAAAAGUGACCGGGGCACCAAGUUCACUCUGUCCCUCGAUGUUCCCACUAACAUCAUGAAUAUCCUCUUCAACAUUGACAAGGCCAAGAAUUUGCGAGCCAAGGCAGCUGCCAAUGCCCAGCUGAUGGCACAGAUUGGGAAGAAGUAA